UAUAUAUAUAUAUAUAUAUAUAUAGCAGCCUCUUACCGUAAAAAUAUUCACAAAGAAGAAGAAAUGGGUUAUAAUACCGAGAAAGACGAGCCAUUAACUCCGGCCGGCCGGAUGUUCCUGCAGCCGGAGAUGAACACGAUCAUAACUUGCGCAAUCGGGUUGAAGAACCCGAUCGAUAUCGGCGCCAUAAGAUCCGAAGUCAAGGCCUCCGUAAUGCUCAAACAACCCAGAUUCACCAGCCUUCUAGUCCGCGACUCAAACGGCCGGGAACACUGGCGGAGCACCCAAAUCAACGUUGACCGGCACCUGGUCAUCCGGCCCGAACCCGUAACGGAGGACCCGUCAGUUUCCCCGGAGGACGCCGUCAACGAGUACUUGGCCGAUCUUUCCGUUUCGUGUCCGCUCAGCACCGACAAGCCGUUGUGGGAAAUCCACCUCCUGAUGGCCCAUAACUGCAUCGUCCUCCGUGUUCACCACGCGCUUGGAGAUGGGAUCUCGUUGAUGUCCAUGUUCUUGUCGUGUUGCCGGAGAGCCGAUGACCCGGCCCAGACGCCGACCAUCGGCGGUUUGGGGACUUCUUCUUCUACUGCUGCUUCCGGCGAGGAGCGCCGGAGGAGAAGGCGGAGCUUGUGGACGUUGUUGAAUGUGGUUUGGUACACGUUGGUGUACGCGGUUGAGUUUUGUCUGAGAAGCAUGUGGCUGAAGGAUAAGAAGACCGCCGUUAGUGGCGGAGCUGGGGUGGAGCUCUGGCCGAGGAAAUUGGAAACCGCUAAGUUCGUGCUUGAUGACAUGAAGAUUGUCAAAAAAGCGGUUGUUGGCGCGACUAUAAAUGACGUACUUUUUGGAGUUGUCUCAUCCGGGCUCUCGAAAUACCUAAGCAUCCGAUCAUCACCUGAAGCUUUACCAGAGGGACGUAAGAUGACUGGACUUUCUAUGGUAAACUUGAGACCACAGCCAGGGUUGCAGGAUAUGACCAAGUUGAUGGAUGAAAAAUCAAAAACUCGAUUCGGUAACCAGUUUGGGAUGCUGCUAUUGCCUGUUUAUUACCACAAAAAUGAAUCGGAUCCUCUCCAAUUUGUAAGAAGAGCUAAACAAAUGAUCGACAAGAAGAAGCUUUCACUCGAGGCCUUAUUCUCCUACAAAAUUGGGGACUUUGUUAUGUCCAACUUUGGACCCAAGUUGGCUUGCAAGCUUAAUUAUAGGAUUGUGUGUAACACAACAUUCACAAUCUCGAAUGUGAUUGGCCCUAAGGAAGAAAUUACAGCAGUUGGCAACCCAGUUACUUAUCUCAGAGCAAAUUCCACCAGCCUACCACAUGCUAUCACGAUGCAUAUGGUGAGUUAUGCUGGGAAGGCUGAUAUGCAAAUUUUAGUGGCAAAGGACAUAAUCCCAGAUUCCCAACUUCUGGCUAAGUGCUUUGAAGAUGCUUUGCUUGAAAUGAAGGAGUUUGCAGUUGCUUCUGAAAAGGGCGUGAAGUAGAAGAUACAAUAAUUCAUCAUGCACAUAUAUACAUAUAUACACACAACAAUACAGAAGGCAUUAAUCAACAAUAUUGAUUGAUCUAGAUGCGCAUAUAUAUAUAAUACAAAUACAGGAUGGUAUGAAGAUCGAUGAUCAACACAUUAUGAUCAGGCAAAUUCAGUCUCAAGUGUUCUUGCCUGAGUUAAAUUUGUAUUAAUUGCCAUGAAAGAAUGAACAUAAGGAUUUAUGAAUGGUCAUGUAGCUUUUCAUUGAAAUUGAUUCACUUAUUGAAUUCAGAAGAGCAAUUUAUUUGAUUAUCAACUCAAUGCCCCUUUGGCAAGCCCAACUACGCAAGAAAUCUUAUUUGUAUCAUUCAAAUUCAAAAGAGGCCUUUAUG